CCCUACAGCGCUUUUUACUUUUUUCUCUUUCCUCUUGACAUUUGUUCAAGACGAACGUUUGAUUAUCGGCAAUACACGUUUCGUGUCAUAGCGACUUAAAAAAUGCGUUACGUGGCCGCUUACCUAUUGGCUGUGCUAGGAGGCAAGGCAGCCCCCGCGGCGGCGGACGUUGAGAAGAUUCUCAGCUCCGUUGGUAUCGAGGCUGAUGCUGAGAAGCUGAAGAAGGUCAUCUCUGAGCUCAGCGGCAAGACCAUCGAGGACCUCAUUGCCCAGGGCCGUGAGAAGCUGUCUUCGAUGCCGUCUGGCGCCGCUGCCCCGGCCGCUGCCGCUGCUGCCGCGCCCGCCGCCGCCGCCGCUGAAGAGAAGAAGGAAGAGAAGAAGGCAGAGAAGGAGGACUCAGAGUCUGAUGACGACAUGGGCUUCGGUCUCUUCGACUAAAUGCAUUUUAAAGAUAAUGGCGGCGUACGCGGUCGAAUUCCAAUAUUGGUGUAAGCGUAAUUUGUCAGCGAGUAUGUUUCUAUGAAAUAUAUUUGCAAAAACGUA